AUGGCUUCUGCAUCAGAUCCCGAGAGUAUCAGUGUGACCAGAGGAGCCAGGAAAAGAGAUAAAGACUCAGGGACCGAAGCGGGAGAAGGGACUGAUGAAUGGUCCCAAUCCAGAGCCACAGUUCGGCCCCCAGACCAGCUGGAGUUGACUGACGCGGAGCUAAAGGAGGAGUUCACUCGCAUCCUGACAGCCAACAACCCACAUGCACCCCAGAACAUUGUCAGGUACAGCUUCAAAGAAGGCGCGUACAAAAUUAUUGGUUUUGUGAACCAAAUGGCAAUUCAUUUCAGCCAAGUGGGGAACCUGAUUCCCAAAGACUCGGAUGAGGGACGGCGACAGCAUUACCGGGCAGAGAUGGCAGCAGCAAUACUCUGUCAAGGCUCACAGGAGUCUGCCAAGGUGGUGACUUCAGACACAGAAAUCCCUGAAGAAGAAGAAGAGCCCAAAGAAGGAGAAACAGAAGUGGGGAGUCAGACAGAUGUGCCCGCUGCAGCAGAGGCAACUGAAAAGGUGAUUGAAGAAGAACUGUUGGCUCCCGUGCAGCCCAAGGAACGAAAACUCACUAACCAGUUUAACUUCAGCGAGAGAGCAUCACAGACCUUCAACAACCCCCUCCGGGAUCGAGAAUGCCAGAUGGAGCCUCCACCGAGAACAAACUUUUCAGCCACAGCCAAUCAGUGGGAAAUCUAUGAUGCCUAUGUAGAUGAGCUUGAGAAACUGGAAAAGACCAAAGAGAAGGAGAAGGCAAAGACUCCAGUGGCUAAGAAAACAGAGAAGACUGCCUUGAGGAAACUGACCUCUAUGGAGUCCCAG